AGAGUCAGGCGCCGCCGCCGCUGUUGUUAUAACUAUGCGCCUCACGGCAGACUUGAUAGAGCAGAGUGGCGAGCAGAUGAUCACCCCAGCUGGUGAUAGGGCUCUCGUCCUCCGUGGGUUGAAGAUUCCGGUGAUGGAGAACUUGAGUGCCACGAAGGACCAUUACGACUGUCUGGACCUCACGGACAACGAUAUCGCGAAGAUACCCAAUGAGAGUGCCCCUCUCAUGCGGCUGCGCACUUUGAUGCUCGCCAACAACCGCAUUACUCGGAUAGGAUCUAAAUGCUUUGAUAACAUGCCUAAUCUCACCAGUGUGGUCCUCACUAAUAACCGUAUCGAGAAGUUGCAGGACCUCUACCCGUUGGGGCAGUUACGGCAUUUGGAGCGUUUGACUGUGCUGGACAACGAGGUCUGCAAUGCGCAGCAUUACCGACUUUUCCUGAUACACAUACUGCCCAAGACUUUGCGGUUUAUCGAUUUCUCUAGAGUGAAGGACAAGGAGCGUGAGGCGGCGGCAAAGCUAUUUGGUGGCCCUGAGGGGGAGAAGUUCCUGCUCAAGAUCGCUCCUAAGGUUACUCAGGAUGAAGAGAACGGCGAGGAGGCAAUCGUCAAGGAGAACGUGCCUAAUGGUACUUCUGCUGCUGAUAAGGGCCUCCUCCUUGCUCGCAUCAAGGAAGCUAUAGAAGCAGCAUCCUCAAUGGAGGAGGUUACUAAGCUGGAGAAGGCCCUCAGGACUGGAGAGAUCCCUCCAGGAAUCGAAGCGCGGCUGUCUUCUUCCUCCCUUUCCGCGGCCACUGCGACGAUGAGUAAAAACGUUGAGUGAUAUUUUGUUUCGGCAUCAGCGCUCUGGAGGCUGAUACCCGAC